AGAUAAGGACAAGGAAGGCGACGGAGAACAAUAAGGGGCGCCAGGGUGGGGCGCCUUCGAGCGCCCGAAGAGCCGGCCCGAUCGCGAUCGGGUGCUGGGGGCUCCGGCGCUGACUAUUUCGGACGCCAGCUCUAAAUAAGGAGAGGUACGCCCCCAGGCGCGCGCAGGGGCCGACGGGUAGCGCGUGGGGAGGGGGGCGAGGUGCCGAGACAAGUGAAAAGACUUUCGGAAGACAGUGGCCUGAGCCUUCUCCGGCAGACAACACCUCUAGGAAGGCCUUUCUUCUUCUGCUCAAUACACAAUGGCGGACAAGGAAAAGAAGAAGAAGAAGAAGUCUGUCAAGGAGGAGGCGCCAGCAGAAGCCCCCGCCCCCGCCGCCGCCCCCGCCCCCGCCGCCGCCCCCGACCGCAGCUCGCGCGGCUCCAAGAAGGCCAAGAGGACCGGCAGCAAUGUCUUCUCCAUGUUCUCCCAGAAGCAGGUCGCCGAGUUCAAGGAGGCAUUCCAGCUGAUGGACCAAGACAAGGACGGCAUCAUCAGCAAGAACGACCUGCGGGCCACGUUUGACAGCUUGGGCCGUCUCGCCUCCGACAAGGAGCUCGACGAGAUGGUGAACGAGGCGCCCGGCCCCAUCAACUUCACCCAGCUCCUGUCCCUCUUCGCUGCCAGGAUGUCGGGAGGCUCUGAUGAUGAUGAAGUUGUUAUCGCCGCCUUCAAGACCUUUGACGUCGACGGCAAGAUUGACAGCGAAAAGCUGAGACAACUCCUGAUGACCUUCGGAGACAAGUUCAGCGCGGAUGAGGUAGACGACGCCUAUGAGCAAAUGGAGAUCGACGAGAAGGGCUUCAUCAACACCCAGAAGCUGAUCACCAUGCUUACCGCCAGCGCUGAGGAGGAAGAGGAGGGAGAAGCCGCUUAAAUACAUCACUCACGCAGAAACUCAUCGAAGGAGCACAGACCACUAUUCGCGCUCAUUCUCCUCAGUUCAAGCUAGAUGCAGCCUCUGCAUCGUAAGAAAUGUUCCAUAUUAAAUAUGAGCAUAAACUAAAUGUAUUUCCAGCAGGUGCAAACAUUUCCUUUUUCCCCUCAGAUGAGGACUUCAUGGAAAAUGUACCUGUCAACACUCGACUACUGAAAUCCUUGUCCAAUCAACAUCUUUGUAUUCGGGUGAUUUUAAAGGAACAAAUUUAAUAAAAAAUCUGUGAAAAUAA